CUCCUGCAAAAAAACCAAGGCUGCUUUAUUAGCCAGCUACGGCCACUGACCCCGGAUUCACGGACUAUCCAUCCGGCGCCGGCGAAGCAGACUUCCGGGGAACAGAGAUACACAAGGCAAGCUUUAAGUAUGCCCAAUAGUGUACUACUACUAUUACUACCACAUCUCCUAGCUUGGACACUCUGUUGUACAGCUCCAUUAGUAUUUUCCCACUACAACCGGUCACCCUCCUCCUCCUCCGCAGCCUCGUCGCAGUCGGAGUGGCGUCCAGCAACCGCUACCUACUACGCGCCGGCAGAUCCCAGGGACGCGGUGGGAGGGGCCUGCGGGUAUGGGGAUCUGGAGAAGAGCGGGUACGGCAAGUCCACGGCCGGGCUGAGCACGGUUCUGUUCGAGAGGGGCCAGAUCUGCGGCGCGUGCUUCGAGGUGAGGUGCGUGGAGGACCUCCGGUGGUGCAUUCCGGGGACUUCCGUCAUUGUAACCGCUACCAAUUUCUGCGCGCCCAACUAUAGCUUCGAGCCGGACGCCGGCGGCCACUGUAACCCUCCCAAAGCCCAUUUCGUACUGCCCAUUGAAUCCUUUCAGAAAAUCGCCGUUUGGAAAGCUUCCAAUAUGCCUAUUAAGUACCGCAGAAUAAAAUGCAGGAAGGAAGGAGGAGUGAGGUUCACAGUGAACGGUGCCGGAAUAUUUAUUUCAGUGCUUAUCGCGAAUGUUGCCGGAGCAGGUGAUAUAGUUGCAGUCAAAGUGAAGGGUUCAAGAACAGGAUGGCUUCCGAUGGGCAGGAACUGGGGUCAAAAUUGGCACAUAAAUGCAAACCUGCGCAGUCAACCUCUCUCGUUUGAGAUCACUAAUAGUGAUCAUGUCACCCUCACAUCUUACAGUGUUUCUCCCAAGAACUGGAAUUAUGGUCAGACCUUUGAAGGCAAUCAGUUUGAUUCUUAGAAACACGUUUGGUUGCAUUUCAUUUGGGAGCCUACAAAAAAAGAGUUGAUGUAAUGAGAGAAACUGCUUUAGUGCCUUGUUUCUAAUGAGAUUUCUUAUCAACACCCAAAAAAAGUAGUGGCUAUAGAUUUACAGUAAUAGAAUUACUAAUGUUGAAAUCAUACAAUUCGUUUAAGAUAUAUGUGGUUCAAAAGAGGAGAC